AUGACACCGAAGCCAACAAGCUCUCACGCCAAGUACUGCUUCCCAUCACCUCAUCACCCAAGCAAAAUGUCCACCAACACCAACACAGACAUCUUCACCAUCCACGCCGUCCCCGGCACCGAUAUCUGGCGUAAGCCACCCACGACCAACAUCUACAACGCCCCAACAGCCGCACCCCGGACCACCCGCUCCCGCGGCCCUUUAUCUUCCUUCCUCUCCGCCCGCGCCUCCUUCUCCUUUCCCUGGCGCGAACGCUACGACCAAGCCGGUAUCUUGCUUGCCUUCCGCCCUCGCUCAUCUUCCUUCCCAUCGGAGACGAAAGAGGAAAUCCCACAAAAAUGGAUAAAAACCGGCAUCGAAUUCUACCAAUCCGCGCCUCAAUUCAGCACGGUGGCCACGGAUAAUUGGGCCGAUUGGAGCGUUACCCCCCUUACUUCUCCAACCGACUGGACGACUAUUUUGGUAGAAAAAUCAGGGGACAAGCAUGGAAAGAGUCUUUGGGUCUAUCGAGUGGUUUUGGAUGAGAAGACGGGCGAGGAGAAGGAAAGGAUUGCGUUGAGGGAGAUUUGUUGGGUUUAUGGAUUGGACGGGGAGGCGUGGGAUUUGGAGGUGGUGGCUAUGGCGGCUAGGCCCGAGAAGAAUGCGGAGGGGGGCGAGGAGUUGGUGGUGAAGGUGAGGGGGUGGGAGGUUAAGUGGGAGGAGGAGUAG